AUGAGAGAGAAUCAUUUGGUUCUCUCCUGCACGCCCUCCACUGGGGAUCGAGCCCACAACCUAGGCAUGUGCCCUUGGCCAGAAUCGAACCUGGGACCCUUCAGUCCACAGGCUGAUGCUCUGUCCGCUGAGCCACACUGUCCGGGGCAGUCCUACCCCUUGGAAGCUCAGAUCCCAGGUACCUCGUAGCCAAGAAGGACGCGGUCUGGCUCGUUUUUACAGGGAAUGAAUGGGGAUGAACCGGCAUUUAGCCGCGGGCGAGACGGUCACUGUGCCAGGUCACAGGGCUCCAUGUCCCUGGGGGAGCAGGGGGAGCAGCCGUGGACACUGCCAGGCUGAGGCCCACACUGGGGCCCCACAGUGAUGGCCAUGGGGCAGCCCACCCCUUGGUGCCCACAGAGCGAGGCCGAGAACUGGCUCAGGAAGAAAGGCGGCUGCGUCUGGACCAGCAGGGGCGGUCCUGAGCCCUAAAAUGUGAUUCCUCACAUGAUCCCAUCGUGACGCGCAUCCCGGGGUGGGGCUCCCGGCUCACCCGGCCCUGAGCUCCCGGCUCCCAGAGUGGUGGGCACAGGACAGCACCGGCCCGUGUCUGUGUCCCCGCCAGAGAGGCCGCGGAGACCAGCGCACCUGUCCUGGGGGGAGGGCCGGAUGCAGGACGAGAAGAGGCCCCUGCUGUCCCAGGAUGCUGGGGGCCAGGAGCCACCCUUCCCUGCCAGCUGCCUGGGCCCAGAGCUCCAGGAGGGACGGGCCUGGAGGGCAGGCCUGGGGGGAGGCCGGGCCCCCUCCCUGCCCUCCCUCCCGCUGGGAAGCAGCUGCCUGCAGUGCCUGAUCUUUCUGUCCAACUUCCUCUUCUCUCUGCUCGGCCUGCUGGCCCUGGCCAUCGGGCUCUGGGGCCUGGCCGUCAAGGGCUCUCUGGGGAGCAGCUGGGGGGGCCCCCUGCCUGCAGACCCCAUGCUGGGGCUGGUGCUGGGGGGGCUGGCGGUCAGCGCCGUGAGCCUGGCGGGCUGCCUGGGCGCCCUCUGUGAGAACGCCUGCCUGCUGCGCUGCUUCUCCGGGGGCCUCCUGGCCUUCCUGGUGCUGGAGGCCCUGGCAGGGGCCCUGGUGGUGGCCCUCUGGGGCCCCCUGCAGGACGGCCUGGAGCGCGCCCUGCACGUGGCCAUCACCCACUACCAGGAUGACCCUGACCUGUGCUUCCUCAUGGACCAAGUCCAGCUCGGGCUGCAGUGCUGUGGGGCGGCCUCCUACCAGGACUGGCAGCAGAACCUGUACUUUAACUGCAGCGCCCCGGGCGUCCAGGCCUGCAGCCUGCCCGCCUCCUGCUGCCUCGACCCCCGCGAGGACGGAGCCUCCGUCAACGACCAGUGCGGCUUCGGGGCGCUGGGCCUGGAGGAGGACGCGGCCCGGGGGCUGGUGCACGUGCAGGGCUGCGGCGCGCCGCUCCGCCGGUGGCUGCGCGGGACGGUGCGGGCGGCGGGCGGCCUGGCGAUCGCGGCGGCGCUGGUGCAGGGCGCGGAGCUGCUGGUGGCCGCGCACCUGCUGCGGGCCCUGGCCGGCCGCAAGGGGGCGGCGGGGCGCUGCGGACCCCGCGCCGGGGCCCUGUCCGCGCUAGUGUCCGGCUGACCCGGGCUGUGGACGCGCCUCGGACACCCGCCGCGCCCCGCCCCCCGCUCCCGAGGUGCCCACCGCCGCCUGCCGGUUGGUCCUGCUAGUCCCCGAAGCCCUGGCCGCCGCCGGAUUCCUUCCUUAGAGGCUUUUGCCCCUGGGACCACCCACUGGCAGUGCCCCCGCCCUGCAACCUGCUCUGGUCGGAGUACAGCUGGCCACCACGGAAGGUGCCCACGAGGCCACCCAGCCCCAGGGGUAGGGGCUGAAUGAAAGCCUGGA